GUGACCGAAGCUAAACUCCAGACGAUGGCAGGAUUCACAGUCUUCCUCCUUGCUCUCGCAUCUUCCCAGUAUCACUUCGUCACUUCGAGUCUUCAGCCAACCUAGCUGCAAUCAAGGUUACCGGCUGUCUAUCGUUCACAACCAACUUUCGUGGAUUGUUGUCCUCAUCCUGUCGCUUUCCUCCUUUGCGGUUGCUGAUCCUACUUUAGGGUUGACGAUUGACUCUCGUUCUUAUAUACUGCAAUUACACUCUUCCCACUCGCUCCACCGACUCACUCCCGCUACACAAUUGUGGUGCCUUUCAUAAAACGCAGGAACCAUCUAGACUUCUUUCUACAUUCCGAAAUCCCCCCAUAUCGAUUGCAGACUUAGUCCACGUUUGGAUCUCCACUUCAAUCUUCAUCCCGCACCCCAAACUAGUCGGUCGUUACCAUUCGAGCCAUUUUAACCUAAACGUUAGCAAGGAGACGGAGAAGAACCAGAGAAACCUUGGAACUGGUUGUGGAUGCAAUCCAUCUAAAGUAAAGAAGCUUCUCCAUCAGUUGCUAUUUACCUCCCUCCUUUCUACUUCCAUCUCCACAUUUGACCAGCCUACAAUCUUUCCUUCAACUACCACCUGGUCCGCAAUAUCCCCAAUCUCUUCAACAUCGCGUUGACUCUCAUUCUUUUACCACUCGCCAUUUCGAUCUUUGUACAUACAAUAAUAUUGCUAUUUGCAUCAUGUUUUCAAAGUCCGUUGCCAGAGCUGGCUUGAUUGCCAGUCUAGCUAUCACUACCGUCAACGCCAUUGCCACAAUCUCUGUAACCGGCUCGAAAUUCUUUACAAGUGAUGGUGAUCAAUUCUUCGUCAAAGGUGUCGCAUACCAGUUGACCGAAGCUGAUCCUUUAAUCGAUACUAAUCAAUGCCAACUGGAUGCCUCUUUGAUGAAAACCUUGGGCGCAAAUGCCAUUCGCGUUUACCACGUUGACCCUUCAGGGGAUCACUCUGGGUGUAUGACAGCUUUCGCAGAUGCUGGGGUUUACCUUUUCUUGGAUUUGGAUACUUUCAACACCGCAAUUACUCCAACUGAUGCAACCUGGAACGAAAGUCAAUACACCGCAUUCAGUAAAGUAAUGGAUGCUUUCGCCAAAUUCGAUAACACUCUAGGAUUCUUUGUGGGAAAUGAGGUUAUUGCUACGAACAACCAAUCUUUAGCGGCGCCAUUUAUCAAAGCCGCUGCGAGGGAUAUGAAGGCAUACAGAGCUUCGAAAGGAUAUCGUGAAAUUCCCGUUGGUUACUCUGCGGCAGAUAUUGCGGAAUUACGUCCUAUGCUUCAAAAUUAUCUUGCUUGCGGCACCAACAGUUCCGAGGCUAUCGAUUUCUUCGGUUUAAACGCAUAUGAAUGGUGUGGCGAUAGUGAUUUCUCUACCUCUGGUUACAAAACCCUCAAUACUUACGCUGAGGGUUAUAAUAUUCCAAUUUUCUUCUCAGAGACCGGAUGCAACACCGUCAAACCCAGAACAUUCCAGGAUCAAGCAGCAAUUCUCGGUUCGGAUAUGGAUGAUCAAUGGUCUGGCGCAAUUGUUUAUGAAUGGAUCGAAGAGGCCAAUGAUUAUGGAUUGAUCAGUUAUGGACCAACUGUUGCAGCUACUGCUGUCGCAACAAAUGUUGCAGGUGGAUUUUCUCGCGGCGGAACUCCAACGCCCGUUUCUCCAGAUUUCGCCAAUCUCCAAAGUCAGUGGUCAACUUUGACUCCAACUGGUGUUGCAAGCUCUGCUUAUUCCCCAACUCUUACACCACCUGCUUGCCCUUCAUCAACCUCCGGAGGCUGGUUGGUUGAUGGUGAUGUAAAAUUGCCAUCUAUUGGUCAGAAAGAAGCAACUGGCACUGCCACGACAACUUCUGGAUCAGCAUCCACUACCGGAAGCGCAACUGGAUCAGCUGCAUCUGCAACCUCAACAAAGAAGGGUAGCGCAUCCGGUGGUAAAGAGAUUACUGGCAUGAGUGUAGGAUUAGCCGCAGUUAUGUUCGGUUUCAUGUACUGGCUAUAGAUUCUUGAUACCCUUUUUAAAAACUUCUUUUCUCGGCCUUGAUGGCUUGAUAUGUAUAAACGAUUAUGAUACGUGGAGGAAAUCCUUUCACACUAACUCGGUACAUAUGCGCGUUACGAUAAAUGAAAGCGCGGCGUUGGAUUUGCAUUGUGUCAUUUUGGACGCAAUAGGAUUACUUUCUUCUGAUAUGGGAUAUAACGGGUCAUUUUAUCCUGGGCAUACAAAAAGCAUGAAUGAGUUGAUCAAUAUUUGUUAUUUUAGAUCAACUUUAAUAGAUACUUAAUAAUGAAGUUAAAAGUCAAGAGCCUGUUUAUUGACA